AUGAAAUUGAAUAUCGAUGGUUUACUUGUAUACAUGCCGUAUGACUUCAUAUAUCCCGAACAAUAUAAGUACAUGCAAGAACUCAAACGUGGCCUCGAUCAUAAAGGCCAUUGCGUAUUGGAAAUGCCAUCAGGAACUGGAAAAACAAUUACACUAUUGUCGCUUAUCAUCGCUUACAUGAGACGAUAUCCAGAUCAAUACAACAAAUUAAUCUAUUGCAGUCGUACUGUACCAGAAAUCGAAAAAGUCAUGUCGGAAAUGAAACGAUUGAUUGCCUAUUACGAAAAAGAAACACGUGAAAAACAGAAAUUCAUCGGCAUUGCAAUGAGUUCACGAAAAAACUUGUGUAUUCAUCCCGAGGUUAGUCAAUUACGUCUAGGGAAAGAAGUCGACAGUGCAUGUAUGAACUUAACGGCAUCGUACGUUCGUGAACAAGCCAAAGAAGAUCGGUCGGUGAAAACAUGUUCGUAUUACGAACAAUAUGAUAAAAACGGACGCGAAGAAAGUAUUCCGUAUGGAGUUUAUAACUUAGAAGAUAUGAAAAUGUAUGGAAAAGUAAAACAUUGGUGUCCAUAUUUUCUUACACGUUAUAUUUUAACACACGCAAAUGUCAUUGUUUAUUCUUACCAUUAUCUACUUGAUCCGAAGAUCGCGGAGAUUAUUUCGAAAGAAUUACCGAAAACAUCGAUUAUAGUUUUUGACGAAGCUCAUAAUAUUGACAAUGUUUGCAUUGAUUCUAUGUCGAUAACAUUAACACGAAAGAUUCUCGAACGUGCUCAUGCCAAUAUCGAUAGUUUGAAGUUAAUUGUUCAGGAUAACAAACAAAAAGAUGCGAAUCGAUUGAAAAAUGAAUAUGAAAAUCUCGUGAAAGGUCUCCGUGAACAAGCCAUUCAACGCGAAACGGAUGUUAUUCUCACCAAUCCAAUUCUACCUGAACAUGUCCUGCAAGAAAACAUUCCAGGAAAUAUUCGUCAAGCGGAGCAUUUUCUUAUAUUUAUCAAACGAUUUUUAGAAUAUAUGAAAACGAGAAUGAACAUUCAACAUGUUGUAAAAGAAUCUCCGCCAUCGUUUUUGAAGGAUCUACAAGUACGCGUAUGUAUUGAACGAAAACCAUUGAGAUUUUGUUCGGAACGUUUACGUUCCCUAUUGCGAACAUUGGAAACCAAAGAUAUUCAUCUCUAUCAGCCAUUAAUGUUACUUUGCAACUUUGCAACGAUUAUUAGUACAUAUACAAAAGGUUUUACGUUGAUUAUCGAACCCUUUUUUGAUAGUAAAUCAACAGUUUACAAUCCUGUUUUACAUUUUACUUGUUUGGAUUCAUCAAUUGCAAUCAAACCGGUUUUUGAUCGAUUUCAAUCAGUUAUUAUCACAUCAGGAACUCUUUCACCAAUUGAUAUGUAUCCGAAAAUUCUCUCGUUUACACCUGCAAUUAUGGAAUCAUUUACAAUGACCUUAACACGACCCUGUAUUCUUCCGAUGAUAGUCACCCGUGGUAAUGAUCAAAUCGCAAUCACAUCCAAAUUCGAACUACGUGAAGAUCAAGCUGUGAUUCGAAACUACGGAAUUCUACUCAUUGAAAUGUGUACACAUGUUCCCGACGGCAUUGUUUGUUUUUUUACAUCGUACACUUACAUGGAGCAUGUCGUUGCAACUUGGUAUGAAUUAGGCAUAAUAGGACAAGUACAGAAGCACAAAUUACUGUUCAUUGAAACCCCCGAUAGUGUCGAAACGUCGUUAGCUUUGUAUAAUUAUCAAAAAGCGUGCGAUAAUGGUCGUGGUGCAGUUCUAUUAUCUGUUGCACGUGGAAAAGUGAGCGAAGGUGUUGAUUUUGAUAAUCAUCUUGGCCGUUGUGUAAUUAUGUUCGGUAUUCCAUAUGUUUACACGCAAUCGCGUAUAUUACAAGCACGUUUAGAUUACCUUAGAGAAAACUUUCAUAUACGUGAAAAUGAUUUUUUAACAUUUGACGCGAUGCGACACGCCGCACAAUGCGUUGGCCGGGUGUUACGUGGUAAAAGCGAUUAUGGUAUCAUGAUUUUCGCAGAUAAACGAUUUGUACGAUCAGAUAAACGACAAAAGAUUCCAAAAUGGAUUCAAGAAUAUUUAAGUGAUAGUUUGGCGAAUUUAUCAAUUGAAGAAUGUGUACAGAUUGUAAAAAAAUGGCUCAAAGACAUGGCACAACCAUUAAGGCAAGAAGAUCAACUAGGAAUAUCACUAUUAUCAGAAGAACAUCUACUUUCCAAUGAACUUUUACAAAAUCUCGAGCAAAAUUCUGCUGAUGUUUGA